AAUGAAAGCCCGCUGCACUCCGGAGCCAGUAAGGGCGGGUGGCUUUCCCAGCUACAGUGUCUCAGCGCUGCCCUGCCACCGCAAUGCCCGGGUGCAAAGGGAGGAGGCGGCAGAGGAGGGGAGAGGGUUACAGGGAAGCGCAAGGGAUUUCCAGCCCGCCGGUGUUGCACGCUGGAAAGUGACCGAUGGCCGCUUUCCCCAGGGAUCCGUGAGCCUGAAUCCAGGGGGAUUGGCACUAAUGCGCACCACAGACUGGGGGACCCCGCCUGGGCUCCAGGGGAAGAGAGAGCUGGCGGGCUGGGGAUACGAUCCUUUAGCGGGGGCCUGGAUCAGACGGCGCCGGCGGCUGGCGGCCAAUGCCCGGGAAAGGAGGCGGAUGCUGGCUUUGAACGUGGCCUUUGAUCGUCUGCGGAGCGUCAUCCCAGCGCUGCGUAACGAAAAGAAACUGUCCAAAGCGGAGACUCUGCAGAUGGCCAAGAUCUACAUCUCCAUGCUAAGCGAACUGCUGCAGCGGGGAAAAGGCGCUGGCGGCCCGCGGGACACGGGGCAGACACUGGCCGUGCAGAAGGGGAGAAGCACCCAGCGCCCAGAUACGGCUGUGCCCCCAUCCACCGAGAAAUGCAGCUCUAUACUUCCACCAGCCCAGAACUCAUCCCAGGCUUUUAAUUCACUACGGAGUGCCGCCACGGAGCCGAGAGCCACACGAUCCUGACACCAACUGCAGCGCCAAGGACAGCAGCCCAUGCCCACGGGGCUGGGCAGCGCGGAGCCCUGGGGGUUCAGAGAUAGUGGGCAGCCCGCCCCCGAAAACAGUGGAACUGCCUGCAGGAAGCGAAGCUAGCCUUUCCAGGACACAGCCCUACCCUGAAAUAAGGCACAGUCAGAGAAAGUAAAUAAUUGGACGGCUAAAACAGUUCAGGGCGACCCACACAUUGGCCAAAAGUGAAAGGCGGUUACAAAGAAAAGGACUGGGCUGGAUUGAGA